ACCACCGCCAGUGUGGCUUAUCAAUAGAGGGGACUACCUGUAUCAGUCAGCUAAUGUUUACUACUGUUUGUCUGACUACCAACAUCAGCAGAGAGUCUUUGCUAAAAAACAAACCCAACAACAACGGCUAAUUAGCUGCUAACAUUAGCCACCGGCUAACCAGCCGACCGGGCAGGCCGGAGCUAGCAGGCGACCGGCCAACACCACGGGCUCAGUCCGACCGAAUAACCCCCCCUCCCCGAAGCGGGCCGGCCACGUUAACGCCAACUCGCCCCGACGUCAAUGAGCAGCACACGGCCACGCGUCACCGGCACCACCGCAGGGAGGGUCAGCCGGGUCACGGAUAUCGACCGGCAACAGGUCUGGAGAUAAGGCGCAGUUUAUGGCUAGCGGCGGGUAUCUGGAUGAGGGAAGACCGCAUCCUCGGUGAACGUUGCUCACUGAGCAAGUGAUUGAGGGCAACCGUCUAACUACAGGCCGAGUGCUGUGAUCACUAUGGAUGACAUUGAGGCUGUGAUCGUUAUGGAUGACAUUGAAAGAGAGCUGGGGCGUGAUGAAUACUCCGAGGGUGAUGCUGAUAUAUCAGAUGACAUGUCUUCAAAGAGGACAAAUUCCAAACUCCCUGUCGUUAAUCCCCGGCACGUAGGUGAGUUGUCCUGUUUCCAAAAUAGAAUCUAAUAACUAAACGGAUAUUUCCAUGCGUGCUAAAAUAUAUCGUCAAAUUACAAACACGUGUGUCAUCGGUGAAUAUGUUGGCUGAUGAAUAGCAAAACAUCUGUGAUGAAAGAAGUGUUAGAAGUCAUUCACAAACCGUCUCAUUUCAUAGAUUAUCACCCAAAACCCUACCAUUUUUUCCCCUGUUUUUAUUCUUCAACUGAAAAAUAUCCUGAGAAUCUUUUGGAUUGUUAUGAAAAAAUAGUUUUGGUUUGUGGUCUAUGUAUAAAAAGAAAUAGCAAGACUAUUGGAUUCAUAUUUUAUCAUGAAAUAACUUAUUUUCAUCUAAAGAGACACAGAGAACCUCUAGUUUUCAAAAGAGUACCAGAACCUGCCUGGGACUGAUCAGGGAAGCCCUGCUGCAUCACAGCUGGCAAGAAGCAGCAGAAUAUAUGGCCUGUUUUGCACAAAGGUUAGAGGAAUCAAGAAACGGGCCCGUUGUGCAGGAAAAGGAGCUUAUUUGGAGAAUCAGCACUGAGAUCCUUCACCAUCACCCCAACUCAAAGAUGGAAGACUACAACAACAUCUAUGAACGGAUGAAACACUCAGGAUUUAAAAAUUACCUGAUGAUCUCUCUGGAACAUUCCUUCCACCUGCUGCUUAACGGUCGCGUCAAGGACGCAAGGCAUCAGCUGUCUGUCGCUGAAAGUUGGAGGCACGGGAACGAGUCGGCAAUACAGCAUAAGAAGACUGAACUGAUUCACGCCUACAAGGGUUUACUGGAUUAUGUGAUGUGGUGUGACAAAAAGUCAACCAUCAACCACGCUGAGUAUCCCGACAGGUUGCACAACCAAGACAUGAACAACCUCUUCAGAGCGGCCUCUGUGAAUCUAAAAGCGAUUUUGAGAAGUCCUGGCGUCUGGGAUCCCUUCAUACUGAGUUACGUUGAGAUGCUGGAGUACUAUGAUGACCACGAGGAGGCUUUAAGAGUCCUGAAUGAUUACGCAUAUGACAACAAAUAUCCACCUAAUCCCAACGCUCACGUCUAUCUGUACCAGUACUUACAGCGGCAAAAUGCUCCAGACAAAAAACUGAUGAAAGUAUUGAAGGUCCUCUGUGAAUUAGUCCCCAGCCAUGAGUUGAUGUUGGAGUACAGCCGUCUCCUGCUUAAGUCAGAGAAAAGAACUAACAUUCAAAAAGCUUUAGGAAUUAUUCUGGAAAUGCUCGACUUCGCCUGCUGGAGGAGCAGCCUUGAUACGUGGAAGCUUUUAGAGGCCAUUAUUAAAAAACUCCAGUCACAGUGUGACUGGAAGGACUCAGUCGCUGGAGCGAUGGCUGCCAGAAAGGACUGGUGGCCUGCACUGCACUUCACACGCUUCCACGCCAGUAGAGACUCCGAGGAGAACCCGGCGCUUAAAAAAGUGAAGGCAUCACUGACACAAAUCCUCUUACCUGGCCUAAUGCUCAAAUACACAGCUUGACAGACAACCACUAAUGAAGAGCGAGUGACUUCAUGUUUUUCUUUAUUUUUUUUUUCACAUGUUAACUAUGUUGAAUAUUGUUUAGCUUCACUGACACGCAAAUGUAAAAAAAUGUAAUUCUCUUUUUAUAAUUCUUGUUUUUUUUUCCACCACGAUACAUUGGCCACCAUGUGGCGCUCUUGUUCAGUACGUUAAGGGCCGGACCACCUCAUUCUGUGAGAGUGUGGCUCUGAAUGUCAGUGCUCAUGAUGGUUUGCUGGGGGAUUUCCGUAAACGAUUUAAUGGCAGCAAGAGUCUCAUUCUAGUUUAAAGGUAUUCUUUAUGUUUUAUCCUUUUCUUCAAAUUCCAUGCUGAAGGAAAGCCAUGAAAUAAAGUCUUGCAUCCAGCAGCAGUCCAAUUUAA